AAUGUGGAAAAAAUUGUGAAACAUGAGAAAAGGAAUCAGAAAUGCUUCAGUAACUCUUGUCUAGCUUGUAAUGCCUUCUUCUAGAUCAAUUUCAAAUAUGUUUCUAUUCUUUGAAGUGAGGGUUUUGUUUGUAUUAAAUUUGUCCUAAAUUUGCCGUGUGAUAGGGUCUGAUUCUGUCUGGUUUCUGGACCGAAACGGUUAACGUACAGAAAUGACGAAUUUUUAAUUUUUGCAUCUAUUUCAAAAGUGCCUCUUGUUCUCACUAGCACGGCUUGUAGCGAUUGCAUUUUCAGUGUCAUUUGAGUGUUUGAUCUGUAAGUGUCCUUUUCUUUUCAGAACAUCACCAAACAAGUAUAUUUAGCAGUUGAUUCGAGAGUAUGUCAACCUCCCAUACACAGAGCUAGUUUAGUAGACUAAAUUUGGGACAUCUGAAACACAGACACAUGUUCAGCCACACAAGUGUUUUUAGCAUUAAGGCACCCUGCAGAAAGCACAGGUGGGGCCUUCUUGUGAGGCCAGAAUUGUUCCAUGCCCAUAAGUGCUCAGGUGGUGCACUGUGGUGAGAGGUACCUUGGGCUGUGGAUGUUGAAGCAACAACACCAUGUCUGAUGCAACCAGCUUCUGCUGGAGCCAGCAGGCAGGGAAAUUCAGAGCAGGCAAUGUGGGAAUACAGACAUUGAGUGAGUUUUUGUCCAUUUCCUAGCCUUCCAGAUCCUUGCUGCCCAUCAGCUGGAGAUGCUGCAGGUCUAAGAUGCCUCCCAGUAUGGCCAGGACAGCUCCGUGUCUUGACUGGGCAAUCUGCUAAUAGGAGGGAGGGGGUGUGGACCAAAGGGAACUGUUCUGGUACUUCCCAUAGGAUGACAAACUGCUGAUAGAGCUGCUUUUUCCUUUCUACAACGAGUUUUGGGUCAGCACAGAAUGGGUACAUGUGAGAGAGUAAUUCUUCUAAUUUCAGGAGGCUGUGGAGUGAGACCUGGAGGAUGUGCAAGGCGGGCUAAACUCCGGCUAUAUUUGGAACAGCUAAAACAGCUUGUGCCUCUCGGGCCGGACAGCACCAGACACACCACUCUAAGUCUGUUGAAAAGAGCUAAGAUGCAUAUCAAGAAAUUGGAAGAACAGGACCGAAAAGCUCUAAAUAUUAAAGAACAAUUACAGCGGGAACACCGCUACCUCAAGCGCAGAUUGGAGCAGCUAUCCGUGCAGGGCAUGGAGCGUAUCCGCACUGACAGCAUGGGAUCAACAAUAUCCACUGACUCUGAACAAGAAGUAGACAUUGAAGGAAUGGAGUUUACUCCAGGUGAAAUGGACAGUAUUGGAAGUGCCAGUGAUGCUGAAGACCACUACAGUUUGCAAAGCGGUUCGAGUGACGGAGGUUACACACAUUCCCGCAGACUGAAUGCCAGGCUCUCAUAGUGCCUGAGUUACCUGUUCAACUCAGGACCAUCUGACUGAAGCACUUAUAUAUGAAUAUUCCAGAGGUGUCAACUGCCACUCUUCCGGGAAACCCCAACCACAGUACUCUGACAUGGAGGUUUCUUACCCACGGUUCCCUGCACUGUAACCACAAUAUUAGAUAUUGUAAAUCAUGGGUUUGCUGCAGAGAACUGUGGUUAGGUACAGUUGUGACUUAAAGCUAGCUUGAUGUAGCCAUACUGCAAAUUAAAGGAAAUAAAUUAUGUCAUUCCAUUCAAGAAGAAUUAAAUUCAAACUGUUGGAAGCAUGGCGUAAGGGAGUUUGACAGUUAUUUUGAUUUUGCAGAAACCAUUUUUCAAACAUGGAAGAAUAAAUGGAAUCUACAAUGUGUUAGUCAUUCAGAGAUACAAAAAACUACUUUUUGUGGUAUUUUUUCAUGAAAAAAAAAAACAAAACCCCAAAAUAUUUUGAAUGCUGCAUAGUGGGCUUCAUAGAGCAAAUUCUUUCAGCAGUUGUUGUUUGGGUAAAGCAGGCAGAUAAAUCUCCAAAUCUCAGAUGAUCUUUAGAAAAGGUCAUAUUUACAAGUCACUACUGUACUUCAAAACGGGGGAAAAGCCAGCUCUAAUAAUGACUUCAUGUGGGAUGAUCUCAACUUUCUUUUGCUUUUUGUAUUCAAUAUCCAACCAGCAGCAAAUCAUUCUAUCCAUGUUAAUGGGAGCAGUAGAAAGCAACAUGGCAGUUUUAACCUGUUAUCGUGGAAUGGAUGACAUCUGAAGCAUUUCAGUGGUUUUAUGGGUUGUUGUUUUCGUUUCUUUCUCUGAAGAAUACAGAACUCAAGUGAUCCAGUUUGUGAUGGUUAAUCUUUCCUUUCAAGGAAAUGAAAUCUGUUUGCUUGUAUUUUUUUUCUUUUCUUCUAUUUACACAUGUCAAUACAUUUUUAUGGAAGGCAUGGCUUAAGAUUACAGUAUUCAGCUAGAAGAUAAUUAUUUUUUUUUCUUUUGCACACUAUAAUUGCAUUUUCUAUUCUUAAAAAAAAAGUGCAAAAAAAUUAAAAUGUAUGCUGUAAAACAGCAAAGUUUAUUUAGUA